AUGGCUUCUACUUCGGAAAAGAAGACUGAGGAGGAGAUGGUGAACGAGCCACCAGCGAAAAAAAUGAAGGAAACAUCCCAGGAACCGGAAUGGUUGCAAUACUUCAAUAAAGAUAAGGUCGUGAUAAAUAAAUACCGACCGCGCCAAGCAAGAAUUUUGAAGAAGCAGGACGAAGACAUAAUGUCAGAUCCUGACUACCAGGUUAUAUUGACACAAAUAUACAAAUCCAAUUACAUAAGAAGCCAAGAGAUGAAUACAUUGCUGCAAAUCCAAGAGAACUUUUUGGACGAAGGAGUCUUCAAUAAAGAAGAACUCGAAGUGAAGGAGAACGAGGAGAAGGAAAAGAUCGUCGAAGAGGAAGAGGAUCCAAUGAUGAAAGAACUUCAGAAAAAAAUCGAUGAAAUCAAAGAUAAGAUCAGAUUGAUAAAUGGAGAGUCAAGAAGAAAUGACGCGGAAAUCGCAGAACUUGAGAAGACGCCUGGAGUGGGGGUCCCAGGCGUCUCCUACAAGAAAAAUAAGCAUACCAAGGGGAGAGCUAAAAAGAUGAUGGAAUCAGAGUUGAAAGUCAUCUCACAGUAUUUUGCCAUCCGAGACAAUAAGCUCGAAGCCGAAAAACUUCUUGAAGAGGCCGAAAAGAAAAAGAAAUUGACAUUCCUCGUGUUCGAGAGAAACCUUCGCUCCAAAUGGACUAUAUUGGCUCGACCACGAGGAACUAUUCACGUCGCCACUAGGAACUUCGAUGUCGUGAAGGCUACCAAAUAUCAAAUUCACCAGUACAAAUCAUUUCGACCGGAUUCGAGCCAGUGCUCACUAAUAAAAGAUGGACGAUGUGAUCAUGAGACGGCUUCAAACACCUUCUGGUGA